AUGGGGAAGAAACAGAAAAAGUCAGGCGAUGACAGUGCAACCGCCGAUGGCAUCGACCUGACGCCCCGAGCGAGCAAGAAAUCGAGGAGCAAAGAGGAGAAGAAGAAGGGACCCAGCAAGGCCACAGUGAAGGCCAUGCAGGAGGCUCUGGCUCACAUGAAGGAGGAAGAGGAGCGCGCCAAGAAGGAGGAAGAAGAGAACCUGCGUCGCCUGGAAGAGCAGGAGGCUCAGAGACUGGAGCAGGAGCGUCUGGAACAGGAGCGCAAGGAGAAGAAGAAACAGAAGGAGAAAGAGAGGAAGGAGAGGCUGAAGAAGGAGGGCAAACUGCUGACCAAAGCCCAGAAAGAGGCCCGGGCCAGGGCUGAGGCCACACUUGAACUCCUGAAGGCCCAGGGUAUUGAAGUGCCAUCCAAAGACGACUCGGUGCCAAAGAAGAAGCCAGUGUACGGAGACAAGAGGAAAAAGAAGCCCCAACAAGCACAGACCCCUGAAGAGAUCUCAGAGGUCAUGUCACCCACGUCGGAGACGGCAGAGCCAAUCAUCUCACCGAUGGCGGUGGAAACUCCUGAAGUAGCAGCAGAGGUAGAGCAGAAAGCUGAGUCUGCAGUUGAUGACUGGGAGGCUAUCGCUGAGACCAUCGAUCAGGACAAAGAGCUGAAGACGGUCCACAUUGAAGUGAAGCCAGAGACGCCAAAGCAGCCCCAACAGAAACCCURGUCACAGCCGGAGGAAGAGGAGGACGACGAGGAWGAGGACGAGGAGGAAGAGGAUGACGAAGAGGAGGAGAGUGAGGAGGAGGAAGAGGAGAAGGAGAGUCAGCCUCYCACACCGCAGCAGGCCCCAGCCACUAAGAGGAAGGGAGGGAAGGAGAGCUCAGCGUCCAGUAGUGACAGCGACUCCGAUGACGAUCGCACUAAAGAGGAGCGGAUCUACAACAAGGCCAAGAAGCGUAUUGAGAAACGGCGAGCAGAGAACAUAAAGAACAUAAACCUGGACAAGCUCCGCUCCCCCGUCGUCUGUGUACUGGGCCACGUAGACACAGGCAAGACCAAGAUCCUGGACAAGCUGAGGCAUACACACGUACAGGACGGAGAGGCAGGAGGGAUCACCCAACAGAUCGGAGCCACUAACGUACCGCUGGAGGCCAUCGUAGAGCAGACCAAGAUGGUGAAGAACUUCAACAACGAGGCCAUUAAAAUCCCAGGAAUGAUGCUGAUCAUCGACACCCCAGGCCACGAGUCUUUCAGUAACCUGAGGAACCGGGGCAGCUUCUGUGCUGACAUAGCCAUCCUGGUGGUGGACAUCAUGCACGUGGAGCCUAGACCCUGGACGUCAUCAACCAUGCUCAAGGAGAAGAAAGUGCCCUUCAUUGUAGCACUUAAACAAGAGUCUAUUGACCGUCUGUACGACUGGAAGAAGAGUCCGGCACAGACGUGGUGCACACUGAAGAAGCAGAAGAAGAACACAAGGGAGUUUGACGAGAGGCGCCAAAGCUGUCAUCGUGGAUUCGCCCAGCAGGGUCUGAACGCAGCCCUCUUCCAUGAGAACAAGGACCCUAGGACCUUUGUGUCUCUGGUGCCCACGUCGGCCCACUCCGGGGACGGGCAUGGGCAACCUGAUAGCUCUGCUGUGGAGCUCACCCAGACCAUGCUGGCACGACCUGCACACUGCGACGAGCUCAGGGCGCAGGUCAUGGAGGUGAAAGCCCUGCCUGGUAUGGGCACCACUAUAGACGUGAUCCUGAUCAACGGGGUUCUCCGGGAGGUGACCAUCAUCGUCCCGGGGGUGGAGGGACCCAUCGUCACCCAGAUCAGGGGGCUGCUGCCUCCACCCAUGAAGGAGCUCAGGGUCAAGAACCAGUAUGAGAAGCAUAAGGAGGUGUGUACGGCCCAGGGAGUGAAGAUCCUGGGGAAAGACCUGGAGAAGACCCUGGCAGGGCUCCCCCUGCUGGUGGCCCACAAGGAGGACGAGGUGGCCGUGCUCAGGGAUGAGCUGGUGCGGGAGCUGAAACAGACUCUGAACUCCAUCAAGAUGGAGGAGAAGGGUGUGUACGUCCAGGCCUCCACUCUCGGAUCCCUGGAAGCCUUGCUCGAGUUUCUACGAGUGUCCAAAGUGCCUUACGCUGGCAUCAACAUCGGUCCAGUCCACAAGAAGGACGUGAUGAAAGCUUCCACUAUGCUGGAGCAUGACCCACAGUAUGCAACGAUCCUGGCGUUUGAUGUGAAGGUGGAGAGGGACUCUCAGGAGAUGGCUGAUAGUCUGGGGGUCAGGGUGUUCAGCGCUGAGAUCAUCUACCACCUGUUUGAUGCCUUCACCAAGUACAGAGAGGACUACAAGAAGGCCAAGCAGGACGAGUUCAAACACAUUGCUGUGUUCCCCACUAAGCUGAAGAUCCUGCCUCAGUUCAUCUUCAACUCUAGAGACCCCAUAGUCAUGGGAGUCAACGUGGAGGCUGGGGUCCUCAGACAGGGAACCCCAAUCUGUGUGCCCAGCAAGGGGUUUGUGGACAUUGGCAUCGUGACCAGCAUUGAGAUCAACCACAAGAUGGUGGACAGUGCCAAGAAGGGCCAGGAGAUCUGUAUAAAGAUCGAACCGAUCCCCGGAGAGGCACCCAAGAUGUUCGGCCGACACUUUGAGGCCACCGACAUCCUCGUCAGCAAGAUCACCAGAGCGUCCAUCGAUGCCCUGAAGAACUGGUUCAGAGACGAGAUGGGCAAAUCUGACUGGCAGCUCAUCAUGGAGCUCAAGAAGACUUUUGAAAUCAUCUGAACAGAAGAACGGGCACACACCUUCAUGUCUUCAGACGGCCGCAGAACACUUACACACGAACACACACAUCACUGAUUAUGUGACACCUGAUCAAAGACACACACACACACACUUGUUCAUCACACCCACGUAUGCAUACAUCCAUAAAUGGUGGGAGCAGUGCAGUGUCCCACUUUCCCCCUCUCCCCCAUCGCCUCCCCUCUGGUGGGUGGGGGAGUGUAUUUUUAGAGGGGAAACAGUGUUUUUCUGUGAGAAACCAAACUAUUUCCCGCUGUUGUUAACAGUGACAGUUUAGACAGCAUCGACACACACACUAUUCCAACGUGCCUGUUGUUUGGAAUCAUCUUGAGUUUUGUUUUUCAUUUUGCCGCUCUCUCUCUCUCCACAUCCGUCUGCUGCUGGAGUCCUGCCCCCUAUAAUCACUCUGGUGUUCAGGCUGGGGCGAGUGGGAGUGAAGAAAGCUGGGUCAGGCGUCACCGGAACCACAGAUCUACUGAAUUCAGCAAACUGGGUUUGACAAGUUUCCGUGGGUGCCAUGUUGGCACCGGAAGUCGCAAGGAGAAUGACAUUCCACUGAGAAUGCAAAUGAGAACCUUGUUGUUAUGACACGUUGGUUGCCAACAUGGAGGCUAGUUUGCUGAACUCUUUAUAUCUAUCACAGAUCAAGGGGAGCUGUGCGCCAAAGGCCUGAGCCAAUUAGAAGAGGGGAGAGGGGAGGCAUUCUUACCAGACGUUUUAGACGUCUGAAUAAUACAACCUUGUCAGUGUUUUCUCUUUUCUUGAAUGCAGUUAUUUUAUGGUCCUUUUAAAAAGCCCCUCCCUCUCUGACAUCACCACCACUCAUCACCAGCCCCCCCUGUCAGUGCAGUUCGACUGGUGCCUACGGACGUUUUUUAUACCAAGAAUGAACUAGGUGACAAAAUAGGCGGUCCCUCUCCUCUCUACUUGAGUUCAAAAUGUAAAAGAUAAUAAAAAAUCUACAUCAAUAAAGACAUAUUUAUAGAAGUUGCAAACUCUGCCCCCUCUGCCUUGUUGUAUAUUUUGGAUAAUGGUAUGAAUGGAAUAUGCAUUGAAUUCAAUUAUUUGAAAAAUAAAUAUGAAGUGCUACUUC